AUGAGCUCUCUUCCGAUUUCUUUGCAGAGCUCAUCUUUUGUUGGAGCCGUUCAAAACAAUGGCAAAAACAGUUGCAGCCCUUUUGUCCGAAUUCAAUCCCCACUUCCAAAUCUCCUCGGUUUUACGAAACCCACAUUUUCUUGCAUAAUAAAUGACCCCAAAAAUUUGCUCUCUCACAAUAGAAGCAGAUUUUGCGGAAUAAAGUCGGUGAAGCAAGAAAGGGAAGCUCAAAUUUCUCAAGUAAAAGAUGAUAUCGGCGAUGGCAGCGGCAGCCCAUCAACCAGUUUCCUGUCUUUUCUUUGCCCCUUGCUUAAAUUCUUCUCUGCAGGGGAUCCUUCUGGAGAACGAAAUUAUCUACUGGAGGAGGCUACAUCUUCAUUAUCUACUUUAGCAAGGCUCCCAUGGGGCUCCAGUUCACUACCCGACAUAUUAAACGACAAACAGAAAGUGGAUCCGCCAUUGCCGUUGCAGCUCUUUGAGUUCGAGGCAUGCCCUUUUUGCAGGAGGGUCCGGGAGGCCUUGACCGAGCUUGAUUUAUCUGUCGAGAUCUUUCCAUGUCCAAAAGGGUCAAUAAGACACAGGGAAAUGGUUAGAAGACUUGGUGGAAGGGAACAGUUCCCAUUUCUUGUAGACCCCAAUACUGGAACUUCAAUGUAUGAAAGCAGUGACAUUGUUAAAUAUUUAUUUCAGCGAUACGGUGGAAAAAGUAGUCCUUCAUUUGGCAUAUUGGAGAGCACGUUGGUGACAGGGUGGGUCCCCACCCUUCUUCGAGCCGGCAGAGGGAUGACACUAUGGAAAAACGCCAUCAAAGAAUCACCUCCUCUUAAGCUGGAACUUUUCUCUUACGAAAAUAACGCGUGUGCCAGAAUUGUUCGUGAAGCACUUUGUGAAUUGGAACUGCCUUAUAUACUUCAGAAUGUGGGUCAAGGAUCUAGACGUGCUAAGUUACUUCAUGAGAUCUCGGGAUCAAAACAGGUGCCUUACCUUGUUGAUCACAACUCUGGCGUGAAAAUUGGGGAAUACAAGAAGAUCCUCUCAUAUUUGUUCCAAACAUACUCAGCUUUACUCUGCUUAGUAGCACUAGCCUUCAUCACCAAAAUCUUCCCCAACCCGCGCCGCGGGCCGAAACCCAUACUUCCCCAGGGCCCAAAGCCAUGGCCUGUGAUCGGCAACCUAAACCUGAUCGGCCACAUUCCCCACCAAUCCCUCCACUCCCUAUCCAAAAAAUACGGCGAAAUAGUGCUUCUAAAAUUCGGAAAUUUUCCCAUAAUUGUUGCCUCAUCCCCUGAGAUAGCCAAGCAGUUCCUAAAGGCCCACGAUGCAGUUUUUGCCUCCCGACCUCCACUCUCAGCCGGAAAACUCGCGACGCGGUUUUUGCCUCCCGGCCCCGCGCUGUCCGCCGGCAAGUACAUAUCCUUCAACUACUCUGACAUGGGCUCUGCCCCAUACGGCCCGGAAUGGCGGCAGUCCCGCAAAAUCUUCUCUUCGGAGAUUUUCAACGCCAAGAGUCUCGAAUCAACCGAGAAGAUCCGGGUCAAGGAAAGCAUAAUCUAA